UGUUUGCAGAAUGAAGAGGAACAGUUUAUCUGCUGUGAAUAAAAUUGCCCAGUCUUCACCAGCAGUGAAACAGCCAAAGUUUGGAUUCUACUCUUCUCUCAACCCUCUCAACCAGACUCAUACGCUCACAGUUCUUCUUGACUGGGGGAGUUUGCCUCACCAUGUCGUAUUACGCAUUUUUCAGUAUCUUCCUCUGAUAGAUCGGGCCCGUGCUUCGUCCGUGUGUAGAAGAUGGAAUGAAGUUUUUCAUAUUCCUGACCUUUGGAGAAAGUUUGAAUUUGAAUUGAACCAGUCCGCUACUUCAUACUUCAAGUCGACUCAUCCUGAUCUCAUUCAGCAGAUAAUUAAAAAGCAUGCUGCUCAUCUACAGUAUGUUAGCUUUAAGGUUGAUAGUAGUACUGAGUCAGCAGAAGCUGCCUGUGAUAUACUUUCUCAGCUGAUAAAUUGUUCUAUCCGGACACUAGGACUGAUUUCAACAGCUAAACCAAGUUUUAUGAAUAUGUCAAAGUCUCAUUUUGUGUCAGCACUUACUGUGGUUUUUGUCAACUCAAAGUCAUUAUCAUCAAUCAAAAUAGAAGACACGCCGGUAGAUGAUCCUUCCCUAAAGAUUCUUGUGGCGAACAACAGUGACACUCUGAGACUCCUAAAAAUGAGCAGCUGUCCUCACGUUUCAUCUGAUGGAAUCCUGUGUGUAGCUGACCACUGUCAAGACCUUAGAGAGCUGGCGUUGAAUUAUUACAUCCUAAGUGAUGAGCUGCUCCUGGCGCUUUCAAGUGAGACUCAUGUUAACCUUGAACACCUUCGAAUUGAUGUUGUGAGUGAGAAUCCUGGACAGAUGCCGUUUCAUUCUAUUAAAAAACAAAGUUGGGAUGCGCUUAUUAAACACUCCCCUGGAGUUAAUGUUGUGAUGUAUUUCUUUUUAUAUGAAGAAGAGUUUGAGACAUUCUUCAAAGAAGAAACCCCUGUUACUCACCUUUAUUUUGGUUGUUGUGUAAACAAAGAAGUUCUAGGAAGGAUAGGUCUCAACUGUCCACGACUGAUUGAGUUAGUGGUCUGUGCUAAUGGUCAUCAGCCUCUUGAUGAUGAACUUAUUUGUAUUGCUAAACAUUGUAAAAACUUAACAGCCUUGGGCCUCAGUGAAUGUGAAGUUAGCUGCAGUGCGCUAGUUGAAUUUGUAAGACUCUGUGGGAGAAGGCUUACCCAGCUCUCUAUAAUGGAAGAGGUUUUGCUCCCUGAUGGUGAUUAUAACCUAGAUGAAAUUCACACUGAAGUCUCCAAAUACCUGGGAAGACUAUGGUUUCCUGACGUGAUGCCUCUCUGGUAA